AUGGCGGAAAGCACUGGCAGCGAUGUAAUAGACCACGGCGAUUCUGUGUGGCAAAUGAUUAAGAGUUCCACAUCGCGUAAACAUCAGAGCGAUUCUGAUGCCGAAAACUCAACUUUCCUGGAAAGCGGAAGCAUUGGAAACUUUCCGCACUUUAAGCAAGAAACAGGCUCAACAGUGUCAAAUGAAGAUAGUCUGUCAGUGCUGGCCGAACUGUCCGUCGAGGACUACGUUUCAAAUGUAGUCGAUGACGGCACUGAUCCGAGUCUAUUUGAGGACGUCAGUCUCUAUGAGGAGAUGUUCUCCCCGUACGCACGGUCACAGUUGGCGGAGGGUGAGGAAGUCACCGACAACUCACAAGAUAUCAUUUCGAAAGGCGCACGUGUUUUACAAAAGAAGGUGUGCAUUCUGACGUUUCGUCUGCGGGGCGUUCAGUUCGACAUGUUGUCCAAAGCAGAUGAGUGCCGAAUCAAGAUCUGCAUUCCCUUUGCCGAGGUUACCGAGUUGAACCAGAUCUGCUUGGAGGAAUUCCAUCGUAUGCUGUCCAUCAGAGACACGUCUAACGCGGGAGGUGCUUCAGUUGAACAGCAAUGUAGACAAUUUCCAAUUAAAAUACUUUUGACGGCUCCGAACUCGAACUCCGGUUCGAUGGAAGCGCUGUUCUCCAACUUGCGGUUUUCCAUAAACAGCGCUAACUUGGCGAACUUAUCUGCCUUUCUGCAGGACAGUCGUCCAAGGAAGAAUGUCAUGCCGAUCAGCAUCAAGUUCAGCAACGUCCAGAUGGAAGUUACUGACCCGAUUUUUCCGCCGUUCGUCAUAGCCCUUAACUCAGGGUCCCUCGUUCAGGGAACUUCGUCGUAA